GAACUAUAUUAUACCUAAUAGAUUCCUGCAAGAUUUUGAGAGUAUUUUAGUUGUUUUAAAUGGGGAAGCCAUUACACGACGGAUGGAAGUUGGGGUUUCGUCCUAUAAGGAAUAACUCAAAUGUCAUUGAAGCUGCUGAAUGCAACAUCUGUCAGAAGCGAUUGAAAAAAUUUAGCAAAGAAAGAUUGUUUGGUCACAGAAAUAAGUGUGAUCAAUAUACUGAAAAUGUUAACACGAUGGAUUCAAGUGAAGUUGAGGAGACAGAAAGACCUCGUCAACCAUCUUCUGAUGGUCAAGUAAGACCAUCUGUUCCUUUAGCAGAGGUGUUCGACAAUAUGAUUCCUGAUUCUCCUGUGCAAGAAGCUUCUGUAAAUAAUCGAACUCAGGUAGCAGCAAGGGCUGCAGGCACUGCUAGGCGAUCAGUGGAAUCCAUAGACACAUCUAAAAAUUGCUUGAGAAAAGCAGAGAAAGAUCGAGCUCUGCUAAAACUAUCAUUGCUAGCAAAUCUUUCCUUUGUUUUUUUCUCGCAACCAUGUUUUGAGGAAAUGCUUCUUACUUUUGACAACUCUUACCCAGUGCCUUCUGAGGAAGACUUCAGAACGAUGAUUCUUCACCAAGUUUUUAAUGAAAUGUAUGGUCAAAGAAAAAAACUGUCUACCUCAAUAAUCAUAGGUGUACAAACGAUACUGAAUGGGUUGUCUUACUUGGUAGUAAGUUUCAUUAUAAAACAAAAUGAAUAUUUCUUUCUGGAUGUUAAGGAGUGUGCUUCAGAUGGUACUGAAACCACAUCGUUGAACAAGUUUGUCUAUUGUAGUAUAAAAAUUGCCAGUGACAUUUAUUCAUCAACAAUAAAGUAUGUCUUACUUGAAAGUUCCUUGGAUUUUCUCGACCGCAUUGUCAUUGAUAAUCAAGAGUACCGAAUUAUUCGUACUGUUUCUGUGAUUAUAUCUGAUUGUCUUUAGCGUAUUGAC